AAAUGUCAGUGUCAGUGUCAGACGAAUAAAUGACUAACUUCAGAUAGAAGACAACGGAGUUUCGAGAACAUUGUAUGUAUAGCAAUGUAUAGAGUAUAGACUUAAUUGGAAGCGAAAGCUCUGUAUGUGUGUUAAAGCUGAUUAAAGCUGCUAUGGUCAACUCGUGAUCAAAGUGAUGUGAUGCAACUUUCGUUUCGAUUAAAUGCGUAGAUCGAAGUUAAUUGAUAUUAUAAAGCAUGGAGUUCUGGAAUUUCAUCCGCAACAUAUUUAGAGGAAACAGGUCCGAGGAACCUAGAAAUUUUAAGCCAUACGAGGCACCAGUAUGGCAAAAUGAUGAUAUUAUUGAUACCUCCAGGCAUUUCAGAGAACCUGAUCACUUUCAAAUCUUUACUGAUCCUUUACAAAUGACAAGGUUUUUUGAAUCCCAAAUGGAGAAUAUGUUAUUAUCUUUCUUUUAUGGAUUUAAUGGGGGAAAUGAAGCAGAUACAAGACACCCAUUUAAUGCUUUUCCAUUCGGAUCUUCUCAAGAAGGCAAUAUACGAGAUCAAUUUCUGAAAUCAAGUAACGAUCAGCUGGUAUUGAAAGAGGAUACAGAUUUGGAUGGAAAAGUUACUCCAGACAACUUUCCGAACAUUUGGAAUGAAAUUGAAUCAAAUAUUGAAAAACCAAAAUUGGAAGUAACUCGACCAUUCAUAAAUGGCUUCAGCAAAUCUACGACGAAGGUAUGUGUCCGUAAUCCUGAUGGUACAAUAGAACAAAAGCAAGUCGUUAGAGAUUCUGAAGGAAAUGAAGAAACAGUUAUAACACGUCGAAGUGGUGAUAAAACUCACACAGUUAUCACGAGGAAAGACAAAAAUGGCGUAGAAACGAAAAUAGAAGAUUUCUGUCACACAGGUGAAAUCGAAGAUAAAGGGAAACCGUCAUUAGGUGAACAUAUUACUUUCCCUAAAAUUGAUUUGAAUUUCUUUCCGUGGGACAAGUUUUUUAAAUUUGAUCCAACUGAAUCUAAAUAAAUGCUAAUUAUUCAUAGUUUAUAACUUAGAAGAGAUCUUAGAAUAAAUUGUAGUCAAUCUAAAAAAUA